AGCCUCUUAGCGCCCGUGACCUCCGAGAGGGACUCAUCGAAUUAAUCCGCACACUGCGAGUAUGCAGCUGGACAUGGGCAAACAGAGACCUAUACACCUUCCAUUGCGUUUCUAGGUGCUUAAGUAUCUCCUACUAACUCGCGAGAAGGCCGUGGCGUUCAAUUCGAACCGCUUUGGCCCUCUCAAUGCAACGCACAAUUGAACCGCGACCAAUCCGCGUACGUUAGCUGGGGCCACUCUGUCCGGACACGCGCACGGUUGUCGUCUUUCACCACAGUCCACACAGUCCAAAGCACUGCAAUCCUGGGCUCCCCCUGCUCCGCGCACUGCUAUUCUGCGCAUAUACAUACACCUUCUGUAUCUGCAAUCAUGCAAAAAGGCAAAUUUCGGGUCUACAUCAAGAGCGCGGAUCGGGGGCGGCUACCCGAAUACGAAGUAGACCCCGUCGACGACAAGACUGUGGCUUGCUACAUACCAAGCGAGAUCGGAAAGAAUUUCGAGAUAUGCUGGCGCGCUAACACGCGAGGCGAGAGAUACCAGACAUCUGUGAUAUGUUAUGUCGACGGCAUAGGCGCUGGGGCGAAUCGUUGCAUGCCUGGGAAAGUGAAGAGUAGUCGCUGGGGGGUGAGGGUUUUCGCUGAUCAACGGAGACCGUUCAAGUUUGCGACAUUGGCUAUGACAGGUGCAGAUGCUACUUUCUCCCAGGUCGCCGAGACGCUUAUACGCUUUGCAGAUGACGACAAUGCUCCUAUGGGCUCGGACAAACUGGGCGCUAUAGAAGUCACGCUUUCUCAUGAGAUUGAGACUGGGCAAGAGCCAGUACGCAACACUUCGCACAAAUUAGUGGAUCAGAUGGUACAUGAGAGGAGCAAGAAGAUGGGCCUGCAUUGCGUGUCGUUGGAUGAGGCUCGCCCUUGCCGUCUCAUAUCGACCCAGAAAUGCAGCAAGUUGGUUGACAAGAGCGUUCCCUUUUACGCACGUUUCAUAUUCCGAUACCGCUCAGAAGACUUCCUCCGGGCUGAGGGUAUCAUACCCGAAGACGAGGGUGCUGCUGCGCACGCUCAACCUGAAGCAGUCGCGGGCCGCAAACGCACCAGCCGACCACUUCCAGACGACAUGGAAGCAGGGCCCAGUCGCAAGAGAGCAAAGAUUGCCGUACCACGACCUCCGCAGACGGAUGUCCACCCAUCUAUGGCUCAACACGGCAAAGACGAGGACAUUGCCGCGCUCCAGAGGCAGCUUGACUCUGUUAAAGGACAAGCCCAGGCAAUUCAGAAACAGCUAGAAGCCAUGAAACGACCUGGCUCGGGCUCGUCUCCGAGGGUCAAGACGGAACGACAAACUCUGGACGCAGGCGCUCGGCGCAAAUUGACCCACAACGCCGUCAAGAGGGAAAAAUUGCCUAUCCGACUCGGGAGCAGCGGCGAUGUUAUCGACCUGACCCUAGACGACGAUUGA